CAUGAAUAAUGUCCCACAUGCCCGCUCUUCCCCUCGCAUGGCGGCGGGCUGUGGGCGGAGUGCCGUCCCUUAACAUGACAGCGAGCGCACCAAACCAAUGUGAAUCGCUGGCAUUUAACCACGGCCGCCGCCCCCCUUUUCCUCCACACGGUUGCCCCGUUGCUCCCGGAACGACCGCGACAGCUGCCGAUGUGUAGCUCAUCUUCGUGAAGUUGGGACAAGACCGAAGGCAUGCCGCUUGCUCGAAGCCUCUCCGUCACAUCCCUCUCAGGACUGGAGGAGUGGGACGAGGAGUUUGAUUUAGAGGACGCUGUCCUUUUUGAAAUUGCCUGGGAGGUCGCUAACAAAGUUGGAGGCAUUUACACCGUCAUCCAGACCAAAGCCCGUCUGACCUCAGACGAAUGGGGGGAGAACUAUUUCCUGGUCGGUCCCUAUGUGGAAAGCAACGUGCGCACUCAGGUGGAGCUGAUCGAGCCCACCAACCCUGCGCUGAAGAGGACCAUUGACAAGAUGAACUCCAGUGGGUGUAAGGUCUACUUUGGGCGGUGGCUUAUCGAGGGCAGUCCCUACGUUAUACUGAUUGAUGUUGCGUUCACUGCCUGGUCUCUGGACCGCUGGAAGAGUGAGCUUUGGGAGUUCUGUGACAUCGGCGUGCCUUGGUUCGACCGAGAGGCCAACGACGCUGUGCUCUUCGGCUUCUUGACGGCCUGGCUCCUGGGAGAGUACGCAGCUCAGUGUGAGGAGCCUCCACACAUCGUGGCCCAUUUCCACGAGUGGUUGGCCGGCCUGGGCCUGAUUUUGUGUAGACAGAGACAGCUGCCUGUUGCAACCAUCUUCACUACUCACGCUACACUGCUGGGACGAUACUUGUGUGCUGGAAAUGUGGACUUCUAUAACAAACUCGCGGAGUUCAACCUGGAUAAGGAGGCAGGCGACAGACAGAUCUACCAUCGCUACUGCUUGGAGCGGUCAGCUGCACACUGUGCCCACGUUUUCACCACUGUGUCACAAAUUACAGCGAUUGAGGCGGAGUACCUGCUUAAGCGUAAACCAGACAUCAUCACUCCCAACGGGCUCAAUGUGAAGAAGUUCUCAGCCAUGCACGAGUUUCAAAAUCUCCAUGCUCAGAGCAAGAAUCGGAUUCAGGAGUUCAUCAGGGGACAUUUCUAUGGGCACCUUGACUUCAACCUGGACAAGUGUUUGUUCCUCUUCAUAGCUGGAAGGUAUGAGUUCUCCAACAAAGGCGCUGACAUCUUCUUGGAGGCUUUAGCCAGACUCAACUAUCUACUGAGGGUCAACCACAGCGAUGUGACUGUCGUUGCAUUCUUCAUCAUGCCAGCUCGAACAAACAACUUUAAUGUGGAGACGUUAAAGGGCCAGGCAGUGAGGAAACAGCUAUGGGAUACUGCUCAGACUGUGAAGGAACGCUUUGGAAAGAAACUGUAUGAGUCACUUCUAGUUGGGCAGCUGCCAGAUAUAUCAAAGAUCCUGGACAAAGAGGAUUUGACCAUAAUGAAGCGCGCCAUCUUCGCAACUCAGAGACAGUGCCAGCCUCCAAUCUGCACCCAUAACAUGCUGGAGGACAGCGGUGAUCCCAUCCUCAACUGCGUCCGCCGCAUCGGCCUUUUCAACAGUUCUGCUGACCGUGUCAAGAUAAUCUUCCAUCCAGAGUUCCUUUCGUCCACCUCUCCUUUACUUCCAAUGGAUUAUGAGGAGUUUGUAAGAGGCUGUCACCUCGGUGUCUUCCCCUCUUACUAUGAGCCAUGGGGCUACACACCUGCCGAGUGCACAGUCAUGGGAAUUCCAUCAAUCUCAACCAACCUGUCAGGCUUUGGCUGUUUCAUGGAGGAACAUAUAGCCGACCCCUCGGCCUAUGGUAUUUACAUCCUGGACAGGCGGUUUCGGGGGGUCGAUGAGUCUUGUAACCAGCUCACUUCCUUCCUGUUCCAGUUCUGCAAGCAGAGCCGGCGUCAGCGGAUCAUCCAGAGGAACCGCACUGAGCGCCUGAGUGACCUGUUGGACUGGAGAUACCUCGGCAGGUAUUACAUAGCUGCUCGUCACAUGGCCCUGGCUAAAGCUUUCCCUGACACCUACCUAUACGAACCUCAUGAGCCCACCUCUGCCUCAGGCUUCCGUUAUCCCCGACCUGCCUCUGUGCCGCCAUCUCCUUCUCUGUCCCGCCACUCCUCCCCCCGCCACAGUGAGGCAGAGGACAAUGAUGAAGACGAGCGCUACGACGAGGAUCUGGAGGCAGAGAAGGACCGGGUAAACAUCCGCCAGCCCUUAACCAUGCCAUUCAAAAACAAGUCUCCUGCUGUCUAUGGGGCCAACGGGAACGGCGAUGGUGUCUAAAGCGAGAAAAACUGAGACGCACACACAUAGACACACAUACAGGACAUACAGUAUACGCAUCACAUGCUAAACUUCACUUUGUAAACCUUGAUCUGUGGAAAUCAUUAAAGUCAUCCAUGUACCAUGUAGAGAAGUUGUGAAUGCGAGUGAUGAAUUUAAUAUUGGCUUGUUGUGAAAGAUUAUAUCACUGUCAGUGUCUUCCCAACCUGUGCAUACCUCAGAAUUUUAAAAAACAUAUCUGUAAGUUCAAUUUUCUUUCAGUUACACCAGCAGUGAAACCAGUGUCUUGCUUUGUGGAGUGAAUGCAUGCAGCAGCUAGAAAGGGCUAAACGACAGCUCAACAUGGAAAAAAAAAUCAGGAUUGCUUGAGUACUAACACUGGAUAGCAUACUGUACAAGCAUUGACAUAAUAAUUUAGGAUUAUUAGGAAUCUCUUUAGGAGGGGUUUUAUACUUGAUUCAAAGGUGGGUCAGAGGAGGGGACACUCCUUUUUUACCAGCAUUUCCUCUUUACACAUUGAAAACAGGAUCAGCUACUUUCCAGCUAAAGACCGAUUUAAAGACAGUGUCAGUUGCUCUGAGUAUCCACAUGUUAAAGCGCUUAUUCUUAUUACCUGCGUUUGGCUUAAAAGUGUGAUUAUAAUCGGGAGCUUCAAACUCAACUGUCCACCUUUUUUUGUAGUGUUUUUGUUCUGUCUUUUGAAGGCCUUAUUUACCACACCACCUCCCAGAAUGGAAAUAAAAUGUAAAAGGCAAAUUUUUUUCUCUUACCUUAUUGUAUCACAGCUUUUCAGUGACGAUCAUCAAUGAACAACCUCACACUCUCUGUUUUUAUUUAUGUCUGUGUGUGCUUUUGUGGAGAUGGAUAUUUCUGGGUUUGCCUUUUAUUUAUUUUGUGAAAUGAAAAGAAAGGAGAAAGAAAAGAAUAUUUCCUGUGAUGGUAACCAGGUUUUCAGGUGAAAGACAAGAUAAAUGGGCUGGAAAAUCUGUGUUUUUCCUGGAAGAAGGAAAAUAGUUUUACCAGGCAUAUACUCACACACCCUGUAACAGUUUCAUUACCCGUUCAAAACUUGCACCGGAUUAAUUUAUAAUAAAGUUGAAAUAUAUAUGUA